AUGAUUUCUGUAUCAUUAAAUUCUAGAACUCGGAGCUCCUUAGAGGAGAUGCUGGAUUCUCUCCAGCGGAACGAAGAGAACGAGACGCCCAAGGACUUGCCGCCGGCUCUACCAGCCCGGCCCAAACCGACAUAUCGGGCCCGCCUUCCAUCAGCCAAGCGUCCCUUGCCAACCAGUUUUGGAGCCGAUCAUGAAUCCGGACCGGCUCAGAGCCUGUCGAGUUUUUGUGAGAAGGAAGGAGAAGGAAAAGGAAGGGAGAAGAACAGUUUUGGGGCUAGAAUAGUUAGAGGUGCGGGAUUGGGGGAAUCACCUUAUGUAUUUGCGCUGGCAGAGUCAGAAGAGAAGGAGCCCAGCCAGUUGUAUGAUAACAUGUCUUAUUUCAUUGAAAAGAAACUUCGUGUUUGGUGUCAACCACAUAAUGGUGUCUGGAAAUCUGGGCAAUUAAAAUCAAUUUCAGGGGAGAAAGCUUUUGUUCUGCUCUUGGAUGGAAGUGUUGUGACUGUUUCCAUACAAGAGCUCUUACCUGCCAAUGCUGACAUUCUCGAUGGAGUGGAUGAUCUUUUGCAGCUUAGUUAUUUGAACGAGCCUUCAGUUCUACACAAUCUUCAUUACAGAUACUCGAAAGACAUUAUAUAUAGUAAGGCAGGCCCCAUAUUGGUGGCAGUCAAUCCUUUGAAAGACGUCCAGCUAUAUGGGGAUGACAUUGUUACAGCUUACAGACAGAGGCUUUUGGACAGUCCUCAUGUUUAUGCUGUUGCUGAUGCAGCAUACAGCGAAAUGAUGACAGAGGAAACAAAUCAAUCUAUCAUUAUAAGUGGAGAGAGUGGGGCUGGGAAGACUGUAACAGCUAAAAUUGCGAUGAAAUAUUUGGCAGCAAUUAAUGGGGGUGGUGGUGGAAUAGGGGCUGACAUCUUGGAAGCAAGCUGUAUACUGGAGGCAUUCGGCAAUGCAAAAACAGCCUGGAAUAACAACUCCAGCAGAUUUGGAGAAUUAAUUCAAAUCCACUUCAGUGCUAGUGGACAAAUAUGUGGUGCUAAAAUACAAAUAUUACUUCUUGAAAAGUCGAGAAUUGUUCAGUUGGCCAAAGAUGAGAGGUCCUACCAUAUUUUUUAUCAGCUGUGUUCCGGAGCUCCCACCGGUCUCCGAGGUUUGUUGAGGUUAAAAAGGGCAUCUCACUACAAGUAUCUCAAUCAAGGUGAUUGCUUGGAGAUCGACAACAUUGAUGAUGCUCAGAAGUUUCACGUUCUUAUGGGAGCCUUAGAUACCUUCAAAAUUUGCAAAGAAGACCAGGAGAAUGCGUUUGAGAUGCUUGCAGCGGUGUUGUGGCUAGGAAACAUAUCAUUUUUUGUAACUGACAAGCAAAACCACAUAGAGGUUGUAGCUGAUGAAGCUCUCACCAAUGCUGCUAGCAUGAUAGGUUGUGCUGAGCAGGACCUAAUGCUUGCUUUAUCAACCCGGAAAGUAAAAGCUGGAAAGGAUGAAGUCACCAAAACUCUGACCCUACAUCAGGCAGUUGAUACCAGAGACGCAUUGGCGAAGUUUAUCUACUCGAGCUUGUUUGACUGGUUGGUCGAAAAGAUCAACUUAUCACUAACCAUGGGCAUACAUGACACCAGAGGAGUCAUAAAUAUUCUCGAUAUAUAUGGUUUUGAAUCUUGUAAGAAAAAUAGCUUGGAACAGCUUUGUAUAAAUUAUGCUAAUGAGAAGCUCCAGCAGCAUAUUGCUCGGCAUCUCUUCAAACUUGAGAAAGUGGAGUAUGAAUUAGAUGGAAUUGACAAGACAAAAGUAGAAUUUAAAGAUAACCAAGAUUGUUUGGAUCUGUUUGAGAAGAAACCUGCUGGGCUGAUAUCUUUACUGGAUGAAGUAUCAGAUUUUCGCAAGGCUACGGGUUCAACCCUUGCUGCUAAACUUAAUCACAAUUUAAAUACUAACCAAUACUUUAAGGAAGAGAAAUGUGGAACAUUCAGCAUUCGCCAGUGUGCUGGAGAGGUUAUUUACGACACGUGGGAAAUCUUAGAAAAGAAUAGAGACCUAGUGGCUUUGGAUACAAUUCAUCUUCUCUCGUUGUGCUCUGCCCAACUUCCUAAAAGUUUUGCUUCUUUGCUGCUCAACAAGUCCCAACAUCAAGAAAGUAAACUGACGCAAUAUGGCAUGUUAGCUUGCCAGAAGCAACAUGUUGCUACCGGAUUCAAGGCUCAGCUGUUUGAAUUGGUGCAGCAUCUUGAAAGAACAAAACCUCACUUCAUUCAUUGUAUAAAGCCAAACAGGAAGCAGACUCCUGGUCUGUUUGAGAAAGACCUCACCUUGGAGCAGCUUCGAUACUCCUGGAUUCUAGAAGCUGUUCGGAUUUGGAGGUAUGGGUACCCCAUUCGGAUGACCCAUCAAGAAUUUGCUGAAAGGUACGGGGUCUUACUCCCAGACAAAAUUGCCUUUCAAGAUCCCCUAAGUAUGUCAAUAGCUAUUCUGCAGCAGUUUGGCAUCCGUCCAGAAAUGUACCAAGUUGGUUAUACAAAGUUAUACUUUCGGGCAGGCCAAAUUAGUCCCCUGGAAGAUGUUAGGAGGCAAGUUCUACAAGGUACAGUUGAGGUGCAGAAGUUUUUCCAGGAUCAAAGUCGUAGAGACAUCCAUAUACUCAAAAGGGCAGCAGUAACAUUGCAAUCAUAUGUUCGUGCUGAAAUUGCAAGGAAGGAGUGCAGUUCACUCCUGCAGAAAAGGCAGGCUGCUCGUGAGAAGAUGGAUGAGCACCUAAUUGCAGUUGUGCAGAUACAAUCUGUAAUUCGUGGAUUUUUGGCCCGAAAGCAUUUUAGCCAUCCCAGGAGUUCACAGCAAGUAAAUGUCAGUAAACCUAAACCAGGCAGUAAGAUUCCUGAAAUCAAGGAUCAAUCAUCUAAAAAAUUACCUCCGGUUGUCGAAGAACUUCAGAAGCGGAUAUGGGUAGCCGAGGCAACAAUAGGACACCAGGAAAAAGAGAAUGCAGCUCUGAGAGAGCAGGUAAAACAAUUUGAGGCACGCUGGUCGGAAUAUGAAGCCAAGAUGAAAACCAUGGAGGACAUGUGGCAAAAACAGAUUGCAUCUCUACAGACGAGUCUAGCUGAAUCAAAAAGGAGUGUAGGUGUUGACAAUAGCGUACGCCAAUCUGGGGCCAUGUCACCUCAUUAUUACGAUUCUGAGGACACGUCAUUGGGAACUCAUACUCCCGGUGGCAGUACCCCUAUCAGAUUUCUUAACAACGGGUUCGAUGGUGUCACAAACGGAUGCUUAAAUCCCGUCAGUCUACUCGUGAAGGAGUUUGAACAAAGGAAGCAGAAUUUUGAUGAGGAAGCUCAUGCCAUUAUGGAGGUGAAUUCUGGGCAUUUGAAUUCUUCGAAUCCCAUAGAGGAAUUCAGGAGGCUGAAACAUAAGUUCGAAGCUUGGAAGAAAGACUAUAAACUCCGAUUAAAGGAGGCAAAGGCCAAAGUGCACAGGAUGGGACAUAGUGAGGCUGAGAAGCAUAAAAGAAAAUGGUGGGGAAAGAGAAGUAAAAGAUGA